AUCGAUCCAAUCUCGAAACAGUGACUUAACUUCAGUUCUAUCACAGAUGUCAGAUGAGUUAGGUAGUUUAUUAAUAAAUGUUAUAAACCUCUUGAUUAAUAUUUAAUUAUGAUUCUGUUUAAACAGUUCUAUAAUUAAAAGUUUAAGAUCACAAAAAGACGUAUAUUAUUAAUGAUCGUAACGAUGUCAUCAAGAUAUACAACGACCGGGAUUAAGGGUGAAGGAGAUAUGGGCGACGACUUCAGGCAGCAAGGAUCGCUCAAGAAGUUAUUGCCAUCCAAUAGUAACGGAGAGACGCAGCUUGCCAUGUCCACUAGAAUAAUCGAGAGACCGCCUGCGACACACAGUAACAAAGAAUAUGCUGUGUUCUUACAAGAGUACAUAAUUCUUUCUGAAUAUAACAUGAUGCAGAAGCAAGAUCUGAAAGGAAUUUACGUGAUUCCCUCUGCAAAUAAUUCGUUUUUGUGGUUUGGAGUUUUCUUUGUUAGACAAGGAAUUUACCAAGGUGGAGUAUUCAGAUUCACAAUUACUUUACCCUCAACUUUUCCUGACGGUGGUUGCCCGAAAGUUAAAUUCCAACCAAAUGUAUUUCAUCCCUUAUUGAAGGUGGAUACUGGAGAGUUAGAUACAACAUGGGAAUUUCCAGAAUGGAAACGAAACAAUAGAGUUUGGCAAUUAGUGCAAUACAUUGUCAAAGUGUUUUCAAAAAUCGAUUCAAAGAUGCCGUCCGUUAAUGAAGAAGCUCUGAUGCUAUUUACAAGUAACGUUGAAAGUUUCCAGAAACAAGCUAGGGCAAGCGUUACAGAGAGUUUGAGUCAGCUUUACGAUCCACCUCCAACUGACGAUCCACAUUACAUUACUUUUUCCCCUUAUGACAGUUCAUUGCACGAUGGUAUCAAAGAGGAGAUAUUAAAAUCAAAGAAGGAAGAAGAAAAUAAAGUGCUUGGAUUUUCUUGGGUACAGCCAGGUUCGCUUCAGCCUUUUUCAAAACCAGAAACAAGAUAACAAAAACUUUUUAACCGUGGAGAAUCAUUGUUAAUACGAUAGAUGAGGUAUGUUCAAACCUUUGAAAUUCAUAAUUUUCGACAUAUACUGAUUGCAAUCGUCAUUUGACAAGAGAUAAACAAAUGGUACAAUGUACGACUUAAUAUUUUUCUAUGUAUGUUUAUAAAGACUUAACCAAUUUAAAUAAGUAAAUCUUUAAUCAAACUGCCGUACAGUUUUGGAUAAGGAAUCCAAAAUUUUUCAUACAUGUGUGACGUAUCAGAGUUUAUAUUUCUAAAAGUAUAAACGUAUAUCUCUAAUUUAUGCUAAUGUCUCAGAGUAGGCCCCAUGCUAAAAUGAUUAUAUCACAGAAGUCCGAUGGAGUGUUAUCGUUAUUAAUUUUAAUAUUUAUUACGCAUGAUAUAAUUCGAUUGACUUAUAGGCUCGUGCACUAUUACGUAGAAUAGGUAUAACGAAUUUAUAACUGCUCCUUUGUAAGGUAAUGGAUAUAUAAAAAAGGUGUCAUCGAAUAUGUUGACUGAAGACUGUUAAACGUUAAAAUGGCUUUUUAUGGCUCAGGGCCCAAUUAGCUGCUGAGUACUGGUCACAAAAAUUUGCCCAGGAGAGGAGUAAUAUUC